UGUUGGUAGUUCACAUGAGAGCGGAAAAAAAUCUGCAGCGCUCCGCUCAGCCUCGUUUCCCACUCAGCGGAUCGAUUGAGAUCGAUUAUUCUCCCUCUCGAUUUCAUGUUCACCGUGAACCGCCAUUAUUUUCUCUCCUCUCUCUCCCGCGGAGUGUUUUUCUUUUCCUCUGAACCGGAAGACCUCAAAGAAAUCAAAGUUCGCGAGGAGGUGACAUCUGGCUGCUGCACACCUGACUUCAUUGAAUGAGGUUCGACACACAAAUUAGCAUUUGUUUUGGUUUCGGAGACCCGGAGAGAAAAACUAAAAUCACGUCCAACAAGCCGGUCGGACGCAGCUGGACACGCAUUCACAUAACCCUGCAGACUAACGGUGACGAGCUGGCGCAGGUCGUGGGUCGUCCGUGGAGAAUGCGAGACAGUGGCGGUAGCCUGGCCCAGAACCGCUGGCAGGGAGACCUGGGUCUGACCGCCGUGGGGCAGGACGACUCAGGAGGAGGUGGGAUUCCUGGAGACCACCUCAUCGUCCCCGUGUCGGGCAACAGUGUACCCAGCCCCAUGCACCUCCGGCUGGGGCAGAAGGAGAAGGAGUGGAUGGGCGAAUAUGUGGAGGAGGACGACGAAGAGGAGGAGGAGGACGAGGAUGGGAUGGGGAGGAUCAUGGAAAUGGGUGAUGAAAAAGAAGAAGAAAACAACAAUCUGGGGGACGAGGUAGAGUUCGAAGGGAAGGGUUGGGAUAACAAUGAGGGGGAUGAUGAGGAUGAGGAAGAGGAGGAGGAGGAGGAGGGCGGGGUUGCAGGAGACCAGCCGGUGCUGGAGUGGGAGACCCCAGACUUUCCCUCCCAGUCCACGCAGCUCCCUCACUCACACCACCACCACGGCCCACAAGAGAAGGCGGACGAGGUCGGCGAGGUCACCGUGCAGCACGCCGCCUCCUCCUCCUCCCAGGCGCCGGCGGGCGACUUGUUCAGGUCCCACUUCAGCCAGUACCGGGCUCUGCGGCGGCUCCGGCGCUGGCAGCGUUUGCGGACCUGCGGCGGCGGCCCGGGCUCUCGGCUCGCCAAGCACUGGAAGAGCUGGCGCCAGCGGGCCCAGUGGGUGUGCGCCCAGGGUUACCGGGGCAACCGCCGAGGGUGGAGGCAGAGUCGGUACGGCAAGCAGCGGAGGAUAAAAAGGUUUCUGCAGGCGCCGUACAGCGAGGAGGAGGAAGACAGCAGCGACGAGAGGUUCACGGGGUCCGAGAGAGAUGAGCUGAUGAACGGCUGCUCUCCGGCCAAGCAGGAGGACCGAGGGAGGCGGGACAUGGAGGCCAAACCCGUGGAGCUGGCCCUGACCGAGGAACACAUGAGCUGUGUGACGGGUGUCCUUGAAGAGUCCCUGCAGCAGUACGGCAGUCUGAUCCCCAUCCACGUGGACGACAUCGUGGAGAAGCUCCAGGACAUCUUCAGCGAGAGCUUCUCUCAGCCUCACAGGAAAGCAGUGGUCCAACACCUAAUACAAUCCUUCCAGAGGUCGUCGGGGUCGGCCCUGGCCAAAACCUUCAGAGUCAACUACAAACGCCACGUCCUGACCAUGGACGACCUCGGCACGCUGUAUGGACAGAACUGGCUCAACGACCAGAUCAUGAACAUGUACGGGGACCUGGUCAUGGACUCGGUGCCCGAGAAGGUUCACUUCUUCAACAGCUUCUUCUACGACAAGCUGAGGACAAAAGGCUACGACGGCGUCAAGCGGUGGACGAAAAAUGUUGACAUCUUUCAGAAGGAUCUGCUGUUGAUCCCCAUCCACCUGGAGGUCCACUGGUCUCUGGUCAGCGUUGACAUUCCCCGUCGAGCCAUCACUUACUUCGACUCUCAGCGGACGCUCAACAGACGCUGCCCGAAGCACAUUUUUAAGUAUCUGCAAGCGGAGGCCAUCAAAAAAGACCAACAGGACUUUUUGACGGGAUGGAAGGGCUUUUUCAAAAUGAACGUCGGUCGUCAGAACAACGACAGCGACUGCGGGGCCUUCGUGCUGCAGUACUGCAAGUGUCUGGCACUCGGGCAGCCCUUCAUCUUCGGCCAGCAGGACAUGCCGCGGCUGAGGAGGCAAAUGUACAAAGAACUCUGUCGCUGCAAGCUCACCCUGUGACCCCCCCACCCUGCAACCCCGCCCGCCAUCUCCACCUGCUCUCACUUCCAAAACCCUGACAAGACGGAGGGACAAUAUGACAAGAAGAGGACAAGUGGAGCAAACCAUUGACGACUGGGAAGGGGGUGAAAAAGAAGGAAAAAAAGGAGAGGGAGAGAAACUUUUCAUUGAAAAAACAUUAUCAUUUUUUUUCUUCUCUGUCAACAUCCAGAGAAACGACUUCUUCUCUUGUAGGUGAUGUCAUUGUUUCACUUUUUUCUCUUCUCUUCUCUCUCUCUCUCUUCGCUUCCCCUCUCCACCUUUUUAUUAUUAUUAUUUUUUAACUCUUUCCUUUCCACGUCAUGGUUAUUCCUUUGUGGUUGAUAGAGGCCAAGACUAGCUUCCGUUUUGGGAAUGUGCUUAUCUUCCAUCCCCAUCGUGAUCCACCUCGAGCACGAAGGCGUCUGAAGGUCGGGGUGGAGCGUCUGGGCUGCCCUGACUACUAUUUGAGCAGCAGAAUAAUUUGAACCAGUCUGUGUAAGCUUGUGGUUGAAUAUUACCAGCGGAUGUACACGCCUUCCAUCCAAUCAGUGUGUUGUGUUCCAGGUGUGAGACUCGGCUAAAUAAAACAAACAUGGAAUACACUUCUCCCCCUCUAGUCAUCACAUACUGCUUGCCACUGUAGUGACAUUUCCAAUGUACAAUAUUUGUUUAACAAUUUUCCUACGAGUAUGUUUGGGUGAGUUUAAAUGUGAGCGUGGAUCGUAACGUGCAGGAACCGCCUCCGGAGUGUGAAGAUACUUUUCUCUUUUCCUUUUUGUUAUUUAUUAAAGACAAAAAAAUUCAUGGAACGCGCCACGUAUUCGGGCCCCGUUGUGCCGGAGACUUCCUCCAUCACUCGUCCCCAAAUGACCCGCAGCCUUCAGCGGGAGACUCGCACAUCGGCCCAAAGAGAGUGGUAUUUUUAACUUGAUUUUAUCUUCUUCUUUUUUCCCUGUUUGGUCUCGUCGGUAAACGCGUUAAUAUGCUUAUUACUUUAAACAAAAGGUUAAAAGGAGGAUGACUAAUUGUAGUUAUUUUCAAGGGGGGGGGGGGAUAAAGUUCAAAAGAGAUCCUCUGGUUGGUCCCUUUGGAAGUUUGAUAUCCAUUUUGGGCGAAGACCACGACAGACUUGAGUACGUUCACAGCGGAGUUACAGCACCCUUUUCUUUUUAUAACAUAAGACAUUUGUUGACAGCUGUGUGUUUGUUUAUUUCUCUCUUUUUUUUCUUUCAAACAGGACUUGAUGCAACAGAGUUGACAGUUUUAUAUAUCUUCUACAAUGCAUUAUGGUUGCUAAAAAUAAAAAGUAUGCGGCAAACGAGG